AUAAAACGAGAUUUGAUGAAAUUUACUCGACACAAAACAACUCUAGACUCUUCUCGAGGAAGCAACGCCUCCCUUGGGAAAGGAAGAGAGAGAUUUUCUCUUCCUCUCGCCGCCGCCGCCGCCGCCGCCGCGGCGCCGGCCAUGGCGACCUCCGGCGGCGAGGACCCAUCCGGCUCUGCCUCGUCGUCCGCCAGCGCGCUCGACUCCCUGCCCUUCUCCUCCGGGAACCCACGCAUCGAGGAGACCCGCGGCGUCGUCCUCCUCCACCCCGAACCACCCGCCGCCUCGUCCUCGUCCCUUCUCCCGGUGGGGAGGAAGCCGCGGGUGUGCGUGCCUGGCGUGCCCAACCACCUGACCUACGCCGACUUCGGCCGCUUCUGCGCAUCCUGGGCCUCCCACAUCCUCGAGACGCGCAUCAUCAGGAUUGAUGGGGUGGAGGAUCAGUACGGCGUUCUUAUAAAAUUCGACACUCAGAGCUUCACGGAUAGCUUCUACAUGAGCUUUAACGGGAAUCGGUUCUCAUCACUGGAGGGUAAUGUUUGCCGUGUUCGUUUUGUGGAAGACGUUCACUACACUCAAUUGAUUGAGCACGCACAUAGCUCAGUUACAAGCUCAGCUGAACAACCUACAUGCCCAGUAUGUCUUGAACGACUUGACCAAGAUCCUGGAGGCAUUCUUACAACAAUAUGCAACCAUUCUUUCCACUAUUCGUGCAUGUCAAAGUGGGCAGACUCUUCGUGCCCAGUUUGCAGGUAUUGUCAACAAGAACCAGAGAAAUCCAGCUGUUCAGUUUGUGGAACAUCAGAAAAUCUUUGGAUUUGUGUAAUCUGUGGCCAUGUUGGAUGUGGAAGGUACAAAGGUGGUCAUGCUAUUGAACACUGGAAAGAAACGCAACAUUGUUAUUCACUUGAAUUAGAAACACAGAAGGUUUGGGAUUAUGCUGGGGACAACUAUGUGCAUCGUUUGAUUCAAUCGAAAACAGAUGGGAAUCUGGUUGAGUACAAUUUCUAUGGUGAUCAUUCAGUUGAUGGUAUGUGUUCAACAUGCAAUGGUGAUGCGGGGAUCAGUGAAGCUCUGCUCGACAGUAAAAUGGAAGCUAUUGUUGAGGAGUACAAUGAUCUCGUCACGUCUCAGCUUGAAAAACAAAGAAAUUAUUACGAAUCACUCCUGCUAGAAGUCAAAGAGGAUAAUGAGAAAGAAAUUGCUGCUGCUACCGAGAAAGCAGUGGGCAUAAAAGUACAAAAGUUACAAGCAAAGCUUGAUAAGUGCAUGGAAGAGACCGGGUUUCUUAAUGAUAUUCAUGAAAAUCUUGUAAAAAACAUGGAGAUGUGGAGGGAGAGAAUUCAAAAAGUAAAAGAAAGGGAACAAGCUGCCAUUAGAUUGAAAGAUGAAAAAAUUGAGAAGCUGGAGGAGGAGCUAAGGGAUUUGAUAGCCCAUUUUGAGCGCCAAAAUACCGUGGCAGAAGCUUCAGAGUCAAUGUCAAGCGAUAUAAACGGUAGCACAAUUCUCUCGGUACCAUCUGAAUCAUCUGCAAGCAGCAACAGCAGCAUCAGAAAUUAGGAUUGAGAUUUGUUACCGUAAGCUGUAUUUCAGCAUCAGAAAUUAGUCUGUUACUGGCCUUACCGUACAUUCUUUGCUCCCUUAUUAUCUAAUAAUGACAGUUAUGUGUUACCAUGGUUAUAUACUUGUUGGCUUCUCAAAUGCAUAGUACAAAUCAAGCCUUUGUACAGUGUGUUUUUCUGGACAA